GAGAUUUGUAAAUUUGUGUAGAAUGUGGGGCGAGGUGGCUGGAAUUGUUCAAUGCAUUUUUCUCCUUAUUUUGUCGUAAAUAUUGGAUCGCCAGUACUCCGCAGAACUAUCUGACCACCCGACUCUGCACUGAGACAGCCACCACAAUGUACUGCGAGGAGGACGUCAGUGCCAAGGCGGAGCGCGCCCUGGAGGAGGCCCGCGCCGGCCUGCCCCUGCCCGCGCGCCGCCGGUUCUCCAUCGCCGGCCGACUCAGCCGGCUCUGGUCCGAACGGCGACGUCGCCGGCGCGACGAAGACGACUCCGACGAAGCGGACGGACGUCCCCUGCUCGCCGUGCUAGCCGAGCGCGAGCGGCUCAGUGUGCUGCGAGUGAACCUCUAUCCGGGGGAUGAGGGCUACUCGCUGGCCCUCCGCGCGCCGGACGGCUCCGAGGCUGAGUCCUUCCGACUGCGGUACGAGGAGCGGGAGCUGCUGAGGUGUCUGGACAACGAGGAGCUGCCCUGUGAGCUGUUGGAGCUUCUCGACCAGAGCGGGUGUCGGGUGUUUGUGGCUGGCUGCGUGGUGGCCGAAGUGCGUGAUUUUCGACGCUCGGUGUCUCCCGAGCUGUGCACGUCAACGUAUGUUCUCCUGCGGCCCAGUCAGCGGACAAUUCUGGCCGAUCUGAACCGUAUCUUCGCCGAGGGGGAAUUCACACACGAGGAGCGGGUACAGAUCGAGGCGCGGAUCGCGCUGGCCACCGCCCCGGCGCUCUGCCUGGACCCAUCUCCGGCCGUCGGACUCGUCACCAACCACCAGCAGUGGUCACACCGAGCUCUGGACUCGCCGGCGCUGCGGCGGGCCGCCGAGAGACGCAGCCAGCCGGCGGCCGCUCGCCGGCGGCGUGCCACCGAGCUGCCUCCCCCACCCGGCCCUCUGCGGCUACACCAGUUCCUCCGAGACAAGGGCCGCCUGGGUGCGCCGCCCGCCAAACGCGCGCGCUGCUUUCCGCCCAUCAGUGACCUCCCGGUGGUGACGGCGCCCCCCUCGGCGGCAGUGGAGGUGCGGCAGCGCGCGAGGCGGCAGGAGUUCCCUGCUGAACCGAGCAGGGACGCGUCGCUGCACCUCCGAGAAGAUAACGCUGUGGAGUGGGAUCGGGGCGGCGGACGGGUGAUGCAUAUGAAGCUCUCCGUGUACCUCCGGCCGUCGGAUGAUUCCUAUCACGGACAGUUGUAUGUGGAUCGUGAUUAUAAGGAGGGGCGGCGCGGCGGCGCGUGCUGUCGUUUCCCGCUCUGCUGUCGCGCGGCCGCAGAUCUGUACGUCAAACAGUGCAUCGAGAUCUUCACCGAGUACGGCAAGAAGAGCGCUAAACUGACACACCAGGCGGUUGGGCAGCCGCCGCGGGUGACGCUGACUCGCGGCGCGCGCGAGCGGAGAGAGUCGCAGACGUCUCUCCCGUCGGCGGCUCACUCUGCCGCGCCGGUGCUGCUGGCCGCUCAGCAGCAGCAGAGAGUAGCGCUGGCCCGGAGUAGCACCCCGGCGCUGGCGGCACAGCUGCGCACCCCGCCCCAGCUGGCGGCCCGCGCGGCGCCGCUGGCCGCCCAGAUGGCGCAGGCGCUCGGCCAGGCGCGAGUGGCCACACACAAGCCGGCCACGCCCGCGCUACCUCCUCAGGGCUCUGUGGCGGCGGUGGUGUCCGCGCCUCAGACUAUCCAGAUCAAGGUGUCGGCUCAGAACACGCAGAUGACUCAGCUACUACAGAGUCAGUUGCAGCACAUCCAGGUGACUCUUCCACAGCAGGUGUUACCUACCGCUCGUCUCGCCGCCCCCGCUCCCGCUCCCACCGCGGCGCCGGUGCGUCAGGCUCCCACCGGGCUGCAGGCUCUGCUGGCUGAUACACCUUCCGCUGAUAACCCGGCGGCAGGAGCGGGAGUCGGUCCCAGUCUGCUGGAGAAACUGGUGGCCUCGUCAGCGCCAGUAUCGGCGGCUGCGGUGGUCACGGGUUCGGGUACGAAGCUGCUACCGCUCUCAUUUCGGGUACCGAACCCGGCGGCGACGCGGCCGGAUCUGGUCACUCGCGUGGAGCGGCAGAAUCCGACCCUGACCGAGCUACUGAACGCUCCACCGGCGGCGGGGAGGCCCGUUUCUGUGCCGGCUGCCGGUCCAGUGCCGUCCCCGGCGCCUGUGCCCGUCCAGCCGGCAGUGCCGCAGAGUCUCCCGGUCCCGCCGCCCGCCGCGCCGAGCCAGCCGCCGCCUCAGGCUGUGUCGGGGGCCGGCGGGGAUCUGCUCAGCACGGCGCUGCAGCUGGUACAGAGCGGGGACCUGCUGGCGGAGCUGGAGAACCUGGACAGUCUGCUCAACUCUGACGGGGCGGACGGUCAGUCGGCGCCGCAGCCGCCGCAGCAGCAGCAGCCGCAGCCUCCCCCGCAGCCUCAGCCUGUGAUGGUACAACCGCAGCCCGCGCCGCCGCCGCCACCGCCUCCUCCACCGAGACUGCUCCAAAAGUCUGAACCUCCGCCUAACGUCAACAUCCGUAACCUACUCUCUGACGGUGUGAAUGUAACAAAUCUGCAACAUCUCCAGCAAGGUCUGCAGACGAUUCCCGGUCUCCACAACGUGCAGGUGUCGAUCCCAGGAAUGAGCGCGCCGAUUUCCAUCAACGUCGGUGGAGCUCCUGCGACCUCCGCCCCGCGCGUGCUGCUUACCUCCCCUCCGUCCCCUGCGCAGACUCUGCGGCCGGCGCCUUCUCCGCGGCAGUCGGUAUCACCCGCGCCGCUACCUUCACCGGUGGGGGCCAGUGUGGGCCUGCAGCGCCCGGCGCAGUUCCAGGUACUCUCAGCGGUCGCCGGUCGCCGCGCAGCCGGACCCGUGUUGGUUACCUCCCAGGCGGGGGGAGCGGCGGGUCAGCAGGUGUACCUAAAGACCGAGUCGGGCGCCGGGGGCCAGCAGAUGAUCCUCACCACUCAGGCGGGAGCCGGGGGUCAGCAGGUCAUCCUGACCACCCAGGCGGCUGGCGGGGGCGCGCAGCAGGUGUACCUCAAAGCGGAGCCAUCGAGCGGCAGCACGGGUCAACAGGUGAUCCUCUCGAGCCAGACGCAGGGAGGGCCGAGUUUCUCGGUGGUGCAGGUACCGACCGGAAGGCUGUCGCUGACGCAGCAGCAGCAGAGGCUUCUACUGCAGAGGCAACUGCAGCAGGCGCAGCAGAGGAAACCGUCCAAGUAGCGACCUGCGAUAGCCCGGUAGCUGUGCUUCCGGUGACCUCUGGCGCCCCCGGCACAGCUGUCUUGACCUUGACCUCCCGCACCGCUGCCUGCCUGCCUCGUCCAGUCACCUCGCAGGAGUUUGUUGUACGCUUCACCAAAUGUCCAGCUCACGACACUAAUCAUCCUGAGCCAAUGAAGCCGGAUAUUCUGCUGUUGUCUACACACGAGUGAAUGCUGAACAAACCCGGGGUACUCUAAGAGCAGAUUGUUGUUCAGUGAUGCUCUGUGCCUGCAUGAGAGUCGAUGGGUAAAACUUGGCUCUGCAUCAAAUCGAUGUACUGAACAGUGACCAGGUACGCUCGGUAGGCCGAUUAGCCGGUGAGCUCUGAGCUGUUAGAGCGGCGAGUUUCGAGCUGUUGGAGCAGUGAACACCGAGUGAUGAGCGAUGAACUAAUUGUUGAGCGGUGAGAGCUGGCUCUCUCACCACCUGAAAACUAACGAGAGUUUGGGCUAAGCGACAGCUCUCAGUAUCAAGGUGAUGGUUGUGGUGCCUGAUCUCUGCAGCAUGCGUUCUAGCUGAGUCGCGAAUGGCUACUAGCGCUAGCUGCUAGUGUCAUUCUCCCCGCGUGUGGCAUCCCCACAAUGAACUGGGCUGAUCUGAUGCCACGCGGCGUGCUUUCGCAAAUAAUGGUCUCGUGUUGUCUCAGUCUAUCCGCCAACGAAUCAUAGUGGGUCUUACUCGCGACAUGAAUACGUAAAGCCUAUGUUUUUAUCAAAGACCGUGAACACUAAUUCUAUUUAUUGAUAUUCCCUAUCAGCUGUUAGAGAUGUGGAGUUCUUUAUGUGAGACUGCCAAGUAAUUGGUUUGUGUGCCUAUUAUGUAGCCUGUGAUGACGUCCAUGCUUAUGCAUAAUCAAGGCCGUAUAUAGGAUAUUGUCUCAGUGAUGGUUGUAACUAUUGAGUGCUGAAAGUGACCGUAGAAAGGUGCCUAUUUUACCAAACGCGCCGCUGGGGCGCAGAUAGUGUGUGCCUGUGUGGCAUUCAUGAACUUGCAUGACAAUAUAUGUAGGACUGAC